GCUCCACAUCCAGGAGGAGCUCUCACUUCCCUGCACCUCCGCGGCCGUCAUGUUGCACGUCCAUGCCGUGUCUUCCACACCUUUUUACCUGCAGGAUGCCGGACUGUUCCCCUCUUGACGCUGGGAGGCCGGACCCCAAGUGUGGAUGUUGGCCUGACUUCUGCAUCAUCCAUCCUCCCCGCAUGCGCUGACAUGGCCCGCCUCCAGUCCUCCAUGCGCUGACAUGGCCCGCCUCCAGUCCUCCAUGCGCUGACAUGGCCCGCCUCCAGUCCUCCAUGCGCUCACAUGGACCGCCUCCAGUCCUCCAUGCGCUCACAUGGACCGCCUCCAGUCCUCCAUGCGUAAGCGGCUUUACAGCCUGCCGCCAAACAUGAGCCACAAAGCGGAAUGGGACGCCGGCGACAAGGACACGAAGAGGAGAAGUAUGGUGAUGAGACAUUUGUCCCCCACCGACAGUUGCCGGAGCCCGGAGGAGGACCGGGACGUGUCCGGGAAGACCAGCGUGAACGGAGACUGCCGCCGCCUCAGGAGCAGCAUCUCGUCCGUCAGCGGGCGUCGGCUCCCCGGGGCAGAUCCGGCGGAGCAGCGCUGCCUCCUCCCGGAGGCGGAGGACGCCGGCGUGGACGAAAGUUCCCCCGGCGAGCGCGGCCCGGCGGCGGCGGCGGAGAGUGAGAAUGUGGCGGGUGUGGGUGUGAGUGCGGCGGGUGUGGGUGUGAGUGUAGCGGCGGAGGGUGUGAGUGUGGCGGGUGUGGGUGUGAGUGACGCCGCCUUCGAGCAGGCGACUUUCAUCAAGUUGGAAGGAAGCGAGCAGAUGAUCCCCGAGGACUCCCGGCUGUACCAAGCCGGCUUCAUGCACCGGCAGUUCGGCGCCAUGCUCCAGCCGGGAGUCAACAAGUUCUCCCUGCGGAUGUUGGGCAGCGAGAGGGCGGUGGAACACGAGCGGGAACGCCUCAAGUCUGCCGGCUUCUGGAUCAUUCAUCCCUACAGCAACUUUAGGUUCUACUGGGAUCUGACCAUGCUGCUUCUGAUGGUGGGAAACCUGAUCAUCAUCCCUGUGGGCAUCACCUUCUUCAAGGACGAGCACACGCCGCCCUGGAUCGUCUUCAACGUGGUUUCCGACACCUUCUUCCUGAUGGACCUGGUCCUCAACUUCCGCACUGGCAUCGUCAAGGAGGACAACACGGAGAUCAUCUUGGACCCUCGGCAAAUCAAGAUCAAGUACCUGAAGAGUUGGUUUGUGGUGGAUUUCAUCUCCUCCAUACCCGUGGACUACAUCUUUCUCAUCGUGGAGACUCGUAUCGACUCUGAGUUUUACAAGACGGCCCGAGCGCUGAGGAUCGUGCGCUUCACCAAGAUCCUCAGCCUGCUGCGCCUGCUGCGCCUUUCCAGGCUCAUCCGCUACAUUCACCAGUGGGAGGAGGUUUUCCACAUGACCUACGACCUGGCCAGCGCCAUGGUGCGUAUCAUGAACCUGAUCGGCAUGAUGCUGCUGCUGUGUCAUUGGGACGGCUGUCUGCAGUUCCUGGUUCCCAUGCUGCAAGAGUUCCCUCCUGAUUGCUGGGUCACCCGGAAUAAGAUGGUGAACGACACGUGGGGUCAGCAGUACUCCUACGCCCUGUUCAAGGCCAUGAGCCACAUGCUGUGCAUCGGCUACGGCUUGUACCCGCCCAUCGGCAUGGCCGACGUCUGGCUCACCAUCCUCAGCAUGAUCGUGGGCGCCACCUGCUUCGCCAUGUUUGUGGGCCACGCCACCGCCCUCAUUCAGUCCCUGGACUCUUCCAGGAGGCAGUACCAAGAAAAGUACAAACAGGUGGAGCAGUACAUGUCCUUCCACAAGCUGCCCGCCGACACACGCCAGAGGAUCCACGAUUACUACGAGCACCGCUACCAGGGCAAGAUGUUUGACGAGGAGAGCAUUUUGGAGGAGCUGAAUGAGCCGCUGCGAGAGGAGAUCAUCAACUUCAACUGCCGCAAGCUGGUGGCCUCCAUGCCGCUGUUUGCCAACGCAGAUCCCAACCUGGUCACCUCCAUGCUGACCAAACUGCACUUCGAGGUCUUCCAGCCGGGCGACUACAUCAUCAGGGAAGGCACCAUCGGGAAGAAGAUGUACUUCAUCCAGCACGGCGUGGUCAGCGUGCUGACCAAAAGCAGCAAAGACACCAAGCUGUUGGACGGCUCUUAUUUUGGAGAGAUUUGCCUGUUGACUCGAGGCAGAAGGACGGCGAGUGUGCGAGCAGACAACUACUGUCGUCUCUACUCUCUGUCGGUGGACAACUUCAAUGAGGUCCUGGAGGAGUACCCCAUGAUGAGGAGGGCCUUUGAGACCGUGGCCCUGGACCGCCUGGACCGCAUCGGAAAGAGAAACUCUGUUCUCCAACAUAAAGUUCAGCAUCACGGAAGUUCUGGCACAUUAAACCUCCAAGAGAGUGAGAUCAUCCAAAGAAUAGUACAACAUGACCGCGACAUGGCCCAGUGCACACAGCUCAUCCAGACCAGCAACGGCCAGAGCUUGACCGUUCCCCCUGGAUCGCCCACCCCGGUCAUUUGGGGCCCCCUGGUUCAGGCGCCCCUCCAGGCGGCUGCUGCCACCACCCCGCUGGCCCUGGCUUUGGCUCACCACACCCAGCUUCCCCCCAUCCUCUUUCACCAUUCCCUGGCCACUGGCUCCCUGAAAGACCCCAUCAGCCACUUGAAAACAGUCCACAGUGGAGUGCUCUCUUCUGUGGUCUGUGGUUCAGGGUCCAGUUCCCCUGUGAGCUCACCCAAAUUUCACACAGGGGUUGAAAGUGUCCCACUGGCCUCCAUCAGACUGCCGCACCUUACUACUGGGCCACUGCCGACUCUGACUUCUCAGCCGAUCUUUACCAGCAGCUUGCAGCCCCUGUUGCCUCCCUCUCAUCCUCCACACUCGGGUAUGGCCUCGGUCUGCCCUAUAAGCCAGGCCGCUGUGUCCUACACUUGCGCGGCUCAGUUCCACUCGCAGCCCUUCCAAAGCUACAUAGCCACGCCGCACUGUCCGUUCGGUUUACUCCAGCAGGGGGAGACAGCAAGGCUAGUAGGGAGAUUUCCAGACCCUUCCUCUUGCACCAUAAGUCCUCUGAUCUCCAGCUCUGUUGGCCCGAUUCUAAAUCAGCUGCAGGAGAGCUCGCGGGUCAUCGCACAGCAGAUGGGUACCUGUCAUGGCAGCGCAGGCAGUAUUGCCAGCGGUCAGAACUUUCCAUAUUUGCCCAUUAGCACCAGCAACACUCAGUCCUCCGGCAAAUGUAUUCCGCCAGCCGGCGGAGGCGGGGCUUCGGCGUCUCUAGCACAGCAGAGUUUGGCAGGUCUCCAUAGUGCACUCCUGCCGCAGCUUCUACCGGAGCAGUCUGCCCUCGCCGCCCUGGCGCAUUACGGCUCGGCAGAGGGCUCACCUUGCUACACACCUCCACUUCACAGUCCCAGCCUACAAAGUCCGGUGAGGGGAAGGACAGUUUACCUAAAUGAAACCACCAUGAUCAAAGACAUUCCCAACCCUCUUAGCACUCAGACCUCAUGCCCAGCCAGGGUGGCAUACACCAUCAGGGAGCACAACGAGUCACCAGGAGAGCUCUUCAGCCAGGAAAUAAAGACAAUCUCGGGCUCUCAUAGCUCUUUAUACCACACGCAGGACAGGCUUUUCGAGGGGUUAACAAGCCCCUUCUCUUCCCCUGUUGCAGCCGCUAAACCCGACCUACCGAUCCCGGGUCACACGACCUCUGUCACCUGGACGCAUUCGGGACUGGAGCCUCAGAACCAGUUUCUAGCGGUGAACUCUCAAGUGCUAGAGACGGAACACAAACUGUCCAAACUCCCCUCCAGUUUGUGAGGCUCAGACACACCCUCCUUUAAUGGUGAGCGACUAAAACCCGAUCACUCUUUUCGUUCACAUAUGCACUCCUUUGAAUCCAGGCGGGUGUGCGUCUCAUAUCCAGCACUUUCCACCACAGAAUGUAUGGCUUACAGGUAAUAACGGACAGUUUUUGCUACAACAUAGUUUUCCUUUAAAUAAGAUAAGAAAACGACCUAUUGAUGGAUAAAAGUAUACCGAUAGCACCUCGUGAAAAUACACAUUUAUCAAGCUAUUUGUAAUAUAAUCAUACAUUGUUAUUGUUGAACUCUCUUUCCCUUUCAACCUUAACUUCUUUAAAGCUCUUAAGUUUGACAUCCGAAACCCAAAAAAUGUUUGUCUUUUUCAAAUGGUAAAUGGAUUGUACUUGUGUAGCAAUUUUCUAUAUUCAAGGUACUCAAAGCGCUUUGUCACUAUGACCACAUUCACCUGGUGAUCACGCAGCCUUGGAGACCACUCACAGGGGCACUGAGGAUCCAGCCAGGUAGGGGAUCAACCAUUCUACCACCUGAGCCAUGCUGAUCGCCAUAACUUUUGCAGAGCAAAGAGAUGUCGAUGUACUUGGUUUUUUGAAGACGUCGCAUCUGAACAGAGUACUUUACAGAGUACAUAGAAACGCGUGGUAAAGGGUGUACUUCAGUUGGGAGUGAGGUCCAACUUCAUGUGGAGGAGUUAAGUAAGCGGUACCCCUGGUUUUCGUUUGACCCACAUUUUUGCAGAAAUGUUGCCCCUGUUUGUGUACACCGUCUCUUAUCUUAUGACCAAAGUAUUGAGCGUAACAUAUUUGUGGGAAUACUUUCGGAUGUCUAGAACGGAUUCCUUGGAUUUACAUUAUUGUAUCAUGUAAAAGUGGGGUCUUACACCAAUGUUGUAUUGGACGAUAGUGAUGAAGAGAGAGCUGACCCACAAUGCAAUGCUCUCAGUUUACCCAGGAUUUCCUUCCUACACUCAUUUUGGUCCAGUUUUGGGGAAAAACCACAAGGACAAGAUGCAGCCAGAUCAACUUCCUUCACAGGGUUUCUGGGCUUACACUCUUAGAAAAAAUGAGGACCUUGGUCAUCCAGGAGAGACAAGACGUGGUCUAGAGCCUUUUUGGUUGGAAGCUGCCUUAGAGCAGACCUUGGACACUAUGAGUUAUUUAGUCUCCUUAUAGCAGGGGUGUCAAACUCCUUUUAGCUCAGGGACCACUUGCAGGUAAAUCUAUUCCAACGUGGGGCAGACUGGCGAAAUCACGGCAUAACAACUUAAAAAUAAAGACAACCUCAGAUUGUUUUCUGUCUUACUUUGGCCAAAAAUAGAACGAGCACAUUCGGAAAAUGUGCAUUUUAUUACUAAUUCUCUUGGCAAAACAAGUUAAUUGAAAGUUCUGAGGAAAAAAAUUGGUGCAGUUUCCAAAAACACCAUGUAAAUGUACAUGGAGUAUACUUGGAUAGCGCUUUUCUACCUUCAAGGUACUCAAAGCGCUUUGACACUACUUCCACAUUCACACACUGAUGGAGGGAGCUGUCAUGCAAAACCCUAACCAGCACCCAUCAGGAGCAAGGGUGAGGUGUCUUGCUCAAGGACACAACGGACGUGACCAGGUUGGUAGAAGGUGGGGAUUGAGCCAAGAACCCUCAGGUUGCUGGCACGGCCACUCUUCCACUGCGCCACGCCGUCCCCAUGAACUUAAGACUUUGUCUAAGCGUAUUUGCCAAGCCAUUAAACUUCGAGCACUUCCCGUUUAGCAUUCAUGUUAGCAGUUGACCUUUAAAUAGGUGUUUAUUACAUGCAGGUUCCUCAAACUGCCGCAUUGGUGACAUCCGCAACUGCCACAACACAUUCAUUUAUCAUAAUUCAAACAUUACAAAAAUGAUAUAAGCAAAACAAUUAUCAAAUUGACACCAGUGCUGAAACCAAGGCAACAUCACUACAAACUUAACCAAUGUGAGCAAACAGCAAAAACAACACAUGUACAAACCAAUUUUUAAUAUAAGGUUCAUGGUGCACAUCGUGCAGUCAACAUCUAACUAAAGUUAAAGUAGCAAUGAUUGUCACACACAUACUAGAUGUGGCGAAAUUAUUCUCUGCAUUUGACCCAUCACCCUUGUUCACUCACUGAGAGGUGA